UUGUGCUAUCCUUGUCCUUCCGAAACAUUACAUAAAUCCUUAAAUUUCCCCUCACUUCCUCCCUGAGCUGGCUUGGAGCUAAACGGCCUUCCCAUGGAGACCUCCAAACCUUUAGCCAUCGAAAGCUUUUCAUACAGUUGGUUAUCGAACAAAAGGCCGUCCCUCGACCACCCUCUCGAGUACGUCUACCCGCACGAUGAAGUGGAGGAAUGCUUCGAGGGAUCCAACAACUUCAACUUCAACGUUUCCGUCGCCUGCCCCACCUCUACUUUUGUUCACGCUGAUGAGCUUUUCUCAAACGGCAUCAUAAGGCCUAUCUUGGCGGAGUCUCCAAAGGCCAGGACUUCGGCAUACUCGGAACCUAUUCUAGCGGUUCCUGCCUUUCCCUCUGCCCAGAUAUCUACAACCUCGACUGGCCUUAUCAAGCAUAAAUUCAUCCGAAGAUGGAAGAGAUCGUCAAAACUAGUUUUACGGAAAUGCUUUCGAUGCAUUAAGCCGCUGUGCCACAAGGACGGGUACUUGAGGAAGAGUGUCAGAGUAGGCGAUAUCGACAGGAGAGUACGCGAAGUAAGGAGCUGGCACGGUUCACCCCAGGCAUCUCCUUCUCAUAGUGUAGCUUCCUAUUCCGCGGGUGAAUGGAGCGAUGUUGAGAGCUCAAUCUAUGAGGCAGUUCUUCAUUGCAAAAGGUCAAUAGCGUGACUGAUCCCGAUUUUCUGGAUGAGGCGAAAGGGAAAAGAAGAACGAGGUUCGGGAAGUCAGAUCAAAGAGGGAUGAAAUAGGCGAAAACGAAUCGAGCGAUCGCUCCAGAAUGAGUCCAAAGGUCGUCCCUUUGUCCCUUUUAGGGGCCUCCAUACCACCUUGAAUUUCAGUGUAAACAACAUAAUUCUUCUUCUUCAAUUUCAUAAAUAUGAAGAAGAUUCUUCAUGGACCAUAUAAGGGUCACAUCAUGGAAAGUUACGUGGAUGUUGUUGUUUUCUGUUAGAAGAGAUGAGGCAGAAAUUGAAGAUUGUACAUUGUUUGGCUUCACGGCCUUGGCAUUUUGUGAAGCCAAUAGCCAAAUCCUCUCUUUCUUUUUUUCUCUCUGUUUUUUUUUGGAAAGAAAUUUUUGCCAAGCAAUUAGUCAUGGAGUGAGAACGGCAUUUGUUAA